AUGGAUUCGUAAAUAGUAAUUUCCCCAUAAGUCCAGCAGAAUGCUGAAUAAAAUAACAAUAAUAAUCAAGCAGAAAGAAGAGAACUAAGAUCUCAGUACAACAAUAUAAAGAAUCAUCUUUAUUGUGAUAUGCUUUUUAUACUGACUAUUAGAGUCUUACAGAUGGGAUUCGGCGGUUUUUUAAUUGGGACAGUGGCAAUGAGCCAUUUAUCUUCAAACACUUAUUACUAGUAGUUAUCCAUUUGGAUAGCCUUCUAUAUUCUUUCAGAUUUUAUAAUGCUUGCAAUGGUUUGUGGUUCAUUUUUGUUCUAUAAACAGGCAUUAUAUCGAUAUGCAAGAUUUAAGUUUAUUGUCACAUCCAUUCUAUUGGUAUUGAACUUUUUACUUUUGGGUUAUGGAGCUUAUAUUAUUAUUAAAUUGCCACUUGAUUUCGAUGAAACUGAACUCGCAAGUGAUGCUAAAAAGAAAAAGAAUAUCAGUAUUAUCUACAUAAUUAUGAGAGGAAUAGUUAUUCUACUCAUCUCAAAGCUUUAAUAUGAUAUGAAAAGCCACUUACUUCCAUAGUUAUAAAGAUUUUCUCUCCUACCAGAGGAAGUAUAUUCUUAAAGCACUGAACAGGAAAUUAGAUAACUAUUGAAUCAGCUGCCUCAUUAUACUCAGGCCUAGAUCACAUCAGAUCCUUCCAUGAAUAAUGAACACUGCGUCAUAUGUUUGGAAUUUAUAAAUAACAAUGGAUAAAAUAAUAAGAUUUAACAUGGAUACGAUGUGGUAAAGAUGGGAUGUGGCACAAACCAACACUAGUUUUAUCAUUUCAAAUGUCUUUUUUCCUGGUUAAUGGAGAAAACAAUGUGUCCUCUUUGCAGGGCUACAGAUAUUCUGAGCACCCAUAACUAAAAUCCUAAAAAUGACUAGGAGUAGAAUCCAAACAAUGUACUACACGAAACUGAUCAUCAUGAUGAUGAAGUAAAACUGAGAGUAAAUGAAAUUCCAUAAGUUGAUCUUGAAGCUGCCAAUUCAGAUAGAGUCUGCAAAUUACCUUCAAAAUAAGAUACAAUGAUUAACAUUGCUGCUAACCUAAAUGAUAGUUUCUUAAGAAUUAUGAUUCAGCCAAGUCCAACUAAUUUUAAAUUGCUUUAGGACCUUUAAAACAUUAAUAAAGAUUAUUUUGAAUAGAGAGAAUGCAGAUUCUACUCCUCAGAUAUGACAGCACUUUAGAAUGAGGAGCAUGAUGACCAAAAUACUAAUCAUAUUUGA